GCGCCCUUCGCUUCCGGUCGGGGGCUCGCGGGCCGUGGCGGCGCUGUCAUGAGCGACGUUGUGGAGCGCACGCUGGGCGCGCUGCCUGCGCUGCUGGGGCAGCACGAGCCGGGCGCGGGGCCGGGGGGUGCGGGCGGCCCCCACAGGCUGUCGGCUUCCUCUCGGCUCGGGAGCCUCAUCCGGAACAUCACGGCGCUCACCUCCAAGCAUGAGGAAGAAAAAUUAAUCCAGCAGGAAAUAACCAGUUUGAAAGCAAUGGUUUCUGCCCCAACCACCCCCCUUAGACUGAUGAAAGAAUGUAUGGUGAGGCUCAUCUAUUGUGAAAUGCUGGGAUAUGAGUCUUCCUUUGGAUAUAUCCAUGCAAUCAAGCUUGCACAGCAAGGGAAUCUUUUGGAGAAAAGAGUUGGUUACUUGGCAGUUUCUUUAUUUCUCCAUGAAAAUCAUGAACUGCUACUUCUGCUUGUGAACACAGUUGUGAAGGACUUACAGAGCACUAAUCUAGUAGAAGUGAGCAUGGCGUUAACCAUUGUCAGCCAGAUCUUUCCACGGGAGAUGAUUCCAGCUGUUCUUCCCUUAAUAGAAGACAAGCUCCAGCAUUCUAAGGAAAUUAUCCGAAGAAAAGCUGUUCAGGCUUUGUAUAAAUUCUAUCUCAUUGCUCCUAACCAAGUACAGCAUAUUCAUGAUAAGUUCCGGAAAGCCUUAUGUGACAGAGAUGUUGGAGUCAUGGCUGCUUCUUUGCAUAUUUAUCUUGAAAUGAUUAAGGAAAACUCGUCUGGGUAUAAAGACUUGACAGAGAGUUUUGUAAUCAUCCUAAAGCAGGUAGUGGGAGGGAAGCUCCCUAUUGACUUCAAUUAUCACAGCGUGCCAGCACCAUGGUUACAAAUUCAGCUUUUAAGAAUACUGGGGCUGUUAGGAAAAGAUGAUCCAAGGACAAGUGAGCUGAUGUAUGAUGUUUUGGAGGAGUCUCUCAGAAGAGCGGAGAUAAAUCAUAAUAUUACCUAUGCUAUCUUGUUUGAAUGUGUCCAAACAAUUUAUACAAUUUACCCCAAAUCUGAAUUACUUGAAAAGGCUGCCAAGUGCAUUGGAAAAUUUGUUUUGUCACCCCAAAUUAAUUUGAAAUACUUAGGUUUAAAGGCUCUGACCUGUGUUAUUCAGCAGGAUCCUAAUCUGGCACUUGAGCACCAGAUGACAAUAAUUGAAUGUCUGGACCAUCCUGAUCCCAUUAUUAAAAGGGAGACUUUAGAAAUUCUUUAUAGAAUUACAAACGGACAUAAUGUGAUUGUCAUUGUUCAGAAGAUGCUUGACUACUUAAAAGAAACCAAGGAAGAAUAUGCUAUCAUCACCUUAGCUGGCAAAAUAGCAGAACUAGCUGAGAAGUAUGCUCCUAACAACGAGUGGUUCAUCCAAACCAUGAAUGCAGUGUUUUCAGUUGGAGGUGAUGUUUUGUAUCCUGAUAUUCCUAACAACUUUCUGAGGCUUUUGGCUGAAGGAUUUGAUGAUGGCAAAGAAGAAAAACAGCUGCGAACAUAUGCAGUGCAGUCUUACUUAGCAUUACUUGAAGAGGAAAGUGUGUUCUAUCCACAGAAGUUCCUUCAAGUCAUGAGUUGGGUUUUGGGGGAAUAUUCCAGCCUUGCUACAGAUGUUGAUCCGGAAAUUAUUUUGACAAGGCUGCACAACUUACUGAAGAAGACUUUUGUUACCUCUGAAACUAAAGCAUGGAUUAUGGCUGCAGUCACCAAGAUAGCAUCGCGUGCCUCUUUUUCUAAAACAGUUGACAAGUUAAUCCAAGAAUUCAGUAGCUCUCUAGAUACCUGCAUGAGACAACAUACCUUUGAAUUGAAGCAUCUGUGUGAAGACAAAGUAUUGAUGAAGGGCUUGCUUCCAUUUGAUGCUAGUUGUAAUGACAUGGUGGUAGAUGCUUCCUUAUCUUUUCUGGAUGAGUUUGUGGCUGAGGGACUUGGCCAGGGUGCAGCACCAUAUAAGCCCCAUCACCAGAGACAAGAGGAAAAACUUUCUCAGGAAAAAGCUCUGAAUUUUGAACCUUAUGGAUUAUCCUUUGCUUCAAGUGUGUGCUCAUCUGGUAUGGCUGGUAGACAGUCCCCCACUGGCUUAUCAUUUGGUUCUGAUACGUCUGGUAACAGUGCUGAGAUGGGGCAUAAAGAGACAAAUACUCUGAAACUGGAGGGAGUAAGGAAGCUCUGGGGCAAAGAAGGUUAUCUUCCAAAAAAAGAAAGCAAAGUAGGGAAAGAAGAUGAGCCACAGACUGUGUCUUGUAGCAGCUUGUUAGCAGAAGGGGUGGCUGAACGUCCCGUGUCACAGCCUGAUCAAGUUUCCAGCCUCUCUGAGGAAGAAAAAGAAAAGCAGCAGCUAGCAUCAACAUUGUUUGUUGGGCUGGGAUCAAGCAGUGGUGUCAGUCUGAUGGGGAAAGUGGAUUUAUCUACUCAGAAGUUCAAAAGAAAAUCAAAGAUAGACGAAGCCCAAAGUAAUGAGGAGGCACUGGAUAUGCAAAAUAGGGCUCCAUCAGAUUUUGGUCCCUUACUUGAUACUGUACCUGUUACUACAGAAGACUGUGAUGGAGAUAAACACACAGCAUUAAGAAAACCUUCCCUUUGUUCUUCAGAUACUGUGGAAGAAACACUUCAGUCUGUAAAAAGGCAUGGGCUGGAUGACAAACUUCCAGAUAGUAGACUGUCCCCAUUGUCUUUGUUUGCUGAUAGUAAUAUUGAAAUUCUUCAGCCUUCUCCAAGUUCUCAAUGUGAAAAUGCCAAUAAAACAGUGCUGCUCCCUUCCUUAGCAGAAGAACUGGAAGAACUCCCUCACUCUGAAGUAGCAGAACUUUGUCAGAGUGAUGCCUUAGCCCUGUAUUUAUGUAAGGUGUGGAAAGAUGACUCUUUGCUGCUCGUUGUGUUUGUUUCAAAUAAAAACACUUCUGCACUUAAGGCUGUGAAUGUAGUGUUUGAAAAAGAAGAACAUUUUCAGAUUUUGGAGAGCCCUGCCUGCCAGUUUUCUGUGAUUGAAGCUCAGAGCAUAGGAUGUUGUCAGAAGUGUGUGUGCAUGGACAAAGUCUGUACACAGGGAGUUAUUUCUGGCUUCGUUAAUUACCAAUCAGAAAUGGAAACUCACCUUGAAUUUUCAGUAUCUUUAUCGUUGCUGGAUUUCAUCAGGCCAAUGGAAAUGACUACAGAAGACUUUGGGAAGCUGUGGUUGUCUCUUUCCAAUGAUGUGAAACAGAAUAUUAAAAUGCCAUCUUCUCAGGUUUCCUUCUCAGCUGCUCUGAGUGUACUGCAUCAGAAGCUGAAACUCCACAUUGUUGAUAUUAUAGGUAAUGAGGGAAUACUGGCAUGCCAGCUGCUUCCAUCUGUGCCAUGUCUGCUGCACUGUCGUACUCACUCAGGGAUGCUGGCUUUGUGGUUCAGAUCACCUUGUUCUGCCCUUCCAGAUGGUUUGCUAUAUCAGUGUCAAAAGGUGAUGGAAGAAUCCUGAUAGCAGUAGAACCUGCCUUAAUCUAUUUGGGGUGUGAAAAGGAAGUGAAAGAUUUAUAGAGUUACACUGGUAAUUACCAAAGUGAAUUUAAGGUAUGCUUCUCAGAAGUAUUCACAGCUUUCUUCCAACUGGCACUAGUCUUGGACUUGAGAGGGAAGGAUGAUGACCUAAAAUAGGCCUGCAAAAACAUGCUCAGGACUGUACAGUGACUACCAAAUAAUCCAUAAAGUACUGUUAUCUGUUCAAGUGAAAUGUAUGUUUCUUUUGUUGUAAAUGACUGAAAGUACUUAUUUUCAUUAUGCAGCUUUUGUAGGUGUCAGCAGUCAUUCUUCAUAGCAAUUACCUAAAUAUGAUUUUAAAGGAAACAGGUCUCUUUUAUGCACUCAGACUUGAACACUUGCCAGGUUCAUUUGAUGAUCUUAAAUUUUUCUAAAAUUGUUUUUUAAACACUGCUGGUGACAACGAGACCCACAUUGGUGGUUGUAUAGAGUAACCUAUGUAGCAACAAAAGCUAUUAAAUAUUUUAAAAAUGAAAGUUUUUGAUGAGUAAUGUACCUGCCAUGAUCUUGGCUUAGCACUGAAGUAUGUAAGUGGUAACAUCUUAGUAGGAUCUUGGUAGGAGACAGGCAUGUGAAAUUGUGUUGAAAGCAUUUCAUGGGAUCUAAGACUCUUCAGGUUACUUCCUGUCUGCAGUUCUUUGUUCAUGUUUCAGUCCCAUUCCCUUUCCUUAGGGGUCAGCAGCACUCCCAGUGUUUGAACCACGUCUGAGAUGUUUCAUGUGGAUCAAGUCUGAGAUCAUGGAGGUGCCUUUCAGACACCUUAUAUUUAAUCUGGCUAGAUUCUCUGUCCAAGAAAAUUCAUGUGAUGAAAACUUCAUUUACAUUUUCUAAUUAUGAAUAGCUUGAAUAUGACAGACGUGGCUGUACAGGAGCUGCAGUAAGGCAUAUGAGCUCUGAGUUGGUCCAGUGUUUACGAUUUGAAUUGUCUCUUCUUCUUCCAAUAAUAACUUCAGCCUUGAAAACCCAGCAUUCUCAAUUUAGACAAUAUAUGAAAUCUUUAAUACUUCAAAAAUUAUAUAUCUUCCUGUGGUUUUAUUUAAGAACAUGAAAAUUGUCCAGAUGGUUCAGACGUAAUGUAAAUGGUGUCUAUGGUAGGAUUCCCUCUUUCAUGAAUGUUAAUAUGAAAUUGAAUAUUAACAAGGAAGUUUUAACUUCUAUCUUUAUUGACUCUUACCCAGUAAGUACUGGUUGUAAAGGAGAAUAAAGCACUGUUUGCUGUUAUUUGGUAAAUGUUUGUGAAAUCACCAUAACAAUGUUAACGUGCUGAUAGUUCCUUUUUUUCUUUAAGUCAUGCUGCUUGUAUUAUCACAAGCAAAGCUCUUUUUCUUUUCUAUUGCUGUUUCAGUACCUUGUUGAGAAAUCUAAGUGCACUGAACCUGUAAAAAUAUUUAAUGUUCUGCAUACUUUACUGUUUACUUGUUACUUCAAGAAAGUUUAUGUAGAUGAAAAUGGAUUGAUAGUGGGAUAAUCUCCAGCAAGUGAUUUUUCUGCUGGUAGAUCUGACUUCUGUUAUGCAGUUGGACUUUUGUAAUUAUGUGAAGUGUAAUGGAAGUAUGUUUUUGGCCUAUGCAUUUAAACCAUUUCAGUUGUUUGGUCUAGUGUUUAAAAAAGAGAAAAAGCAAUGCCUUCUAUAACUCAUGUAAAUACUCUGACCUUUUCCACUGUAUGAUAACGUAUGGUAAACUAUAAAUAUGCAGUUCUAAGAGAUUUAUGCUUAUAUCACAUAAAGGGUUUUGCAGAAUAUGUACCUAUUAGUCUUUAUUUCUAGAAUGUCCAGCUAAUAAUUUUCUUAAUUUUUCACAGUCUUUAUGUUUCUUGUAGUUUAAGUAGUAAUCAGUUUGGUGCCCUGCAAAUACCACCAGAAUGCAGCAGUGUGGAGCCUUGUUCAUUGUUUAAGUGGUAUUUUCUGGCCCUAACCUUCACCCCCGGUUCAUGACUUGGCAAAGCAGUGGUGCAGUCCAUUUCUGUUCUGGAAUUAUUAGUGAUGGUAGGUGUGAAAAAUGCAGGGAUUUUUUUUACUUAGGGAAUGUGUGUGACUUGGAUUCCUUUCUUUGUGACUUAAUGGGUCUUGAAGGAUUAAUAUCAUUUCUGGGAAAGUGAAAUAAGAUGUGUAGAAAUAGGCUAGAAGGAACUGAGCACAUGAUCUAAUUAGCAUGAAGGAUUUUACUUUCAAGGGACAACUGGUGGCUGCUCUGAGUGUAUUGACUUUCUGAACAGGUGGAUUAACAGCAUUUUGGUACCAGGUGGCUUCACUUUUUCACUGUGGCGUGCUGCAGGCAUCUUAGAGUUCAGGAGUCGACAGAGAAGUUAUAUGGGAUCACUAUUUUUCCUGUUUUUAUCAGCUUCUCCUGUUCCCAAAAUAUUUUCAGGUAUUUUUAAUAAAAGAGUCAAAAUUGGUAAAAGUACUUUGUUAGGUAUUCCCAGCCCCUCAGCCUGUGAGGAACUAGGAUAAAUUGGUGUAAUGAAUAGCACUGUCUUCAGGGCCUUCUGUAUUUGCAAGUAGCUCGGAAAUGAUAUUGCCUGAUGUUUUUUACAUAUUGGGAAGAUAGAAAUCUCCUAGUGGGUGCUGUCUGUCCCACAGUCAACCCCCAGGCUAUAUUAUCAGUGUGGAUAAGAAGAUAUCUUUUUCUGGAUCUAAGGUGUGUAUCAUAGCAGGUAAAAAUAGAAGUAGGCCUGCUUAAGUCAUGCAGGUAAGACUUGCUUUUGCAGUUUUGUUGCUGUGGUAAGAGGAAAUUGUUUUACCUUUUGGUCUUUUCAGGUUCAGUCAUUUAUAUGCCUUUCUAUGAGAAUGUUUCUUCAACACAAAUAAGAUUACAUGUUCAAUGCAGUGUACUCUUCUGUGGUACAUCUGCAACUUCAUCAGGAUGCCAAAUACAGUUACUCUUCAGGAUUUCUUCAGAAUUAAUGUCUAUGUUAUAAAGUUGGCAGUGAUGAAGCAGAUAAUAUCAAGUCCUGCCAUGGUAUGACUAAUAAAAUUAACUUAAGAGCAGUGUUUUACUG